AUGGGCUGCUACAGGGCUUGGUUCCACUACCCAGCACUGUGGGUCCCCGUGCUGGCGGGCCUGCUGGGAGCCUGCCAGGCAUACCCCGUCCCAGACUCCAGCCCCCUCCUCCAAUUUGGGGACCAAGUGCGCCAGCGGUACCUCUACACGGACGAUGCACAGAAAACAGAGGCCCACCUGGAGAUCAGGGAAGAUGGCACGGUGGUCGGGUCUCCCCACCAGAGUCCUGAAGGUCUCUUGGAGAUGAAGGCCCUUAAGCCGGGCGUAAUUCAAAUCUUGGGAGUCAAGUCAUCCAGGUUCCUGUGCCAGCGGCCAGACGGGACACUGUACGGAUCGCUCUACUUCGACCCCGAGGCCUGCAGCUUUCGGGAACGGCUUCUCGAGGACGGGUACAACAUUUACCAGUCUGAGGCCAGAGGCCUCCCGCUCCGCCUGCCCCCCCACAGCUCGCCAUCCUGGGGCCUGCGCUACGGGGGACCUGCCCGCUUCCUGCCGCUGCCAGGCCUGCCCCCAGCACCCCCAGAGCCGCCAGGGGUCCUGUCCCCUGGACCUCCUGACGUGGACUCCCCAGACCCCCUGAACAUGGUGUUGCAAUCACGGGGCGAAAGCCCCAGCUACAUUUCCUGA